UCAGUUAGAACAGCUGUGUUCUGUAUUGUUAGUGACAGUAUUAACUUCCUGUCACCUUUUUCCUUAGGUGAUGAAACACUUGAAGCCUGGAUUGAUGGAGUAUGAAAUGGAAAGCCUCUUCCAGCACUACUGCUACACCCAUGGAGGCAUGAGGCACACAUCUUAUGCCUGUAUCUGUGGAACGGGAGAGAAUUCCUCUAUUUUGCACUACGGCCAUGCUGGAGCCCCCAAUAACAAGGCUAUUGCAGAUGGCGACAUGUGCCUUUUUGACAUGGGUGGAGAGUAUUACUGCUACAGUUCCGACAUCACCUGCUCUUUCCCGGCAAACGGGAAGUUCACCGAUGACCAGAAGGCUAUCUACGAGGCUGUUCUCAAGUCCUCCCGUGCCGCCCUAGCCGCCAUCAAACCAGGUGUGCUGUGGCCAGACAUGCAUCGCCUGACCGAUCGUGUGCAGCUGGAGGAACUGGUAAAGAUCGGAAUUCUGAAGGGGAGCGUGGACGACAUGCUCAAGGCGCACAUGGGUGCCGUCUUCAUGCCCCACGGCCUGGGCCACCUGAUGGGCAUCGACGUGCAUGACGUGGGAGGAUAUCCAGAGGGUGUGGUGCGGAUUGAUGAGCCGGGUCUGAAGAGCCUGCGUAUGGGCCGUGCGGUCCUGGAACGAAUGGUCCUGACGGUCGAACCUGGCAUCUACUUCAUUGACCACCUACUGGACCAGGCCCUGGCUUCACCUGCCCAGCAGUGCUUCAUCGACAGGGAUGUUCUGGCACGUUUCCGUGGAUUUGGAGGGGUGCGCAUCGAGGACAACAUCGCGGUCACAGCCGGCGGCGUGGAGCUACUCACCUGUGUCCCUCGCACAGUGCAGGAGAUCGAGGAGUUUAUGGCUACUGGUAGUGACACCUCCAAGAGCGGCGGCCAAAAAUCCUGAGCAAUGGAUGAACAGACCCAUACUGUAAAAUGUCCGUGCUAAUCCGUCUGGCACUAAGGGAUGAUACAGAAGGCUUUAAGAACAAUCAAUGAAAUAAUACCGUAAAUUUGCUCUGAUUUACAUUAAUACAUAUUCAGUAUGUACACAAUAGGCCACGAAACAUGCUGUGAAUGAUAUAAACGGUAUAUACUGCUCAAAGCUGAAUGAAGCUUUUGCCAUUUUAGGUUUUACUGAACUCGCUCCUCUAAAAAUAAGCAUUUCUAACCUUUCAGUGACUACUUUUUCUACUACAGAUAAAAAUAAUCACGUAUUUUCAGUUACUUCAUUUGUGUUGUGUUGUUGAAGUAUAACGCUGAUCAAUAAACUUUAAUUUUCUCUUGCAAUACAAAA